AUGCUUAUCAAAAUUAUGCUGGUUGCUUCGGCACUUCUCUCGUCGACUACUCUUGUAGUUGCUCAAGUGAUGGCACCAGACUUCACAUCCGGCCGUUGUGGCUUCGAUGCCAUUGUCUCCCAAGAUUGCGACAAGGACCAGAUCACCACAUUCCUCGACGUAUCGCCUGUAUAUGAUGGCGCUGGCAACGAAUUCAUGGAGAAAACCGACUCAAUCGACUUGACGGACGGACUUACUCUGACUAGCGUGGUUGUGGGGAAAGAGCUGAAGAUCGGAUUUGAGAGGGACAGUGUCGGCUUCCUUUAUGGCGACGCUCACUGGCCCAGCCAGCACCAAGACGACGAGUUCAGCUGCACCACAACGUCAUGGGACGGCUCACCGCUAAACUGUAACCACAAAGAUCGUAUCCAUAGAUCCCAAGCUCUAAGCUGUAGUUUCGAUUGCGCGGUUCCUAGCCCAAAGUCGUCGAUGAAGCGCGUUCGCAACGAGCCCCUUCCAGAUAUUCUUUCUUCCCCACUGGACUCUGUCGCGAGCGGCUAUUCAACUGCCAACUACGCCCCGGGUUUCUGCUCCUUCAAGCUCCAACUCUUCCAGCAGUGUCUGCACACGCCCUCUGAAGGCUGGCACAAUCAGAUGCUCGGCAUGCUCUACAGUGUCGAAGACCAAAACCGCGCCACUGCUGUUACUUAUCCUGAGGGUACUGGUCGUAUCGACGGUCGUGCUGUGAGGCUUGGGGGCAUGGGCGGUUUGAAGGUGGCGUACAACCCGGAAGACAGGCAGACAUACUUUCAGUUUGAGCCAAAGGGCGGCUUCUGGAGCACUUUGACUCAGAGCACCCCGGACGCGGUAGGCAUAUGCGAUUGGAAGCCGUGGACACGCGACGAGACUGGUUGUGAUGAGGGUCACCAGAACGACCACCCGCGGCUCUCGGACAUGACGUGCGGUUUCUUUUGUUAG